GAAAAAUAUAUGAAAAUUGACAAUUGUAAAUAAGGAAGUUUUUUUAUGCGGUGGCCGUAUAUUUCGGAGUCACCUUCAAAAUCCGAGGAUAAACUGAAAAUCGCCCGAAAUCAACCAAAUUUUGCACUCUGAUAAUUGCUGCCAUCUGCAGAAAGUCUCCAAUUAUAAAUUAUUCAUUUCUCAUCCACAAUGGUUGACUUAAACGUUGGCGAAUCUGAAAGAGAUGAGUCGAACUCUGGUGAUUCGUGGGACUCGGAAGAAAAUGAGACUCAUGAAGACAACAUUAAUAUAAGUGAAAUCCUCGAACCACAUUUGGGCAUGGAAUUUGACUCGGAGGAUAACGCCCGAAGAUUUUACUACGACUAUGCAAGGAGAAUCGGGUUUGUGGUUCGUAUAAUGCAAAGCCGGCGUUCAGAAAUUGAUGGUAAAACUCUGGCCCGGAGGCUCGGGUGCAAUAAGCAGGGCUUCUCAACGAGCAUAAAGGGCAAAAUCGGGCCUGAGAAAAAGCCCAGGCCCAGCGGGCGUGAGGGUUGCAAGGCGAAUGUAUUGUUUAAGCUCGAGAAAUCUGGGAAGUGGGUUGUCACGAGAUUAGUCAAGGAGCAUAACCAUCCUUUGGUCGUGAAUGGUAAUGAGUUAUCGAACAUGCGUGACAAGGAUAACAAAAUCCAAGAACUCGUCCGAGAGUUGCAACACCAGGAAGAACUGUGCGCAGCUUACAGGGAAAAAUUAGUCGAUCUACUGGCUCAUAUCGAGACUCGAGCUGAUCAUUUGUCUGAGAAAGUUUUAGCCGUCAUUGAGAAUGUCAAGAAAGCCGAAGCCGAGGCUCUGAAUGAAGCUCUGAAACUGCCAGCUGCCACACCAGCUUAGUCUAGAGUCCCCUAAUGUGGUCCUUCGGUUAUUUCUGUAAAAUUUAGCUCUUUUUUAUCGGUUUUGGGACUUUAUUCUCGAACGAUACAAAGUCGAGCCUCUUGAUAUGGCUUCUUUUCGAGAAUUUAUGACAAGGGGGAUUUUAUGAAAUUGCUCCCUGAAUUUUAUGUGUAAAGUUAGUUGAAUUAUGUAGGAUAAUUGAAUGGUGAACCCUGAACAGUGAACACAAGAUUUCCUGUGUGGAAGGUGUUUUAGUUUCUUUUUCUCUUAAUAUCUCAUCAAAUUAGUCUCAUGUACUCGCAAAGUUAAUGUAUUUCUUCACACAUAAAACCAACUUUACAA